AUGUCUUCAUUUCAUCUUCCACCGGGGGAAACAACUAGUAAACAGGCGAAGAAUCGGAAAAACCGUGAAAAGAAACGUCUUCGAAAUCAAACAUUUCAAAAUCAAUAUCCACCAUUCGAUGGAGCAAAGACGCCGAUCAUCCACCAUAUUACCAAAGAAAAUUCCAUCUCAUUGACCGAUUCACUUAUCGUAAAAGCGCAUCGUACAUCACGUUACCGGUCUGACACCGAGAGACAAAGAGGAACGAACGAACCAGCUCUCAUUCAAAUCGAGUUUGUCGAUAAUUCAACAUCACCAACCGUGAUUAUCGUCAAAUUUUCCCAUUUACCAUUACCAUCGUCGACCGUAUUCAGCAAAAUUAAAACAUUAUUAUCCACCAUCUUCGAUGAUGGCAACAAUUUUCUAGCAUGGGACAAGAAAUGA